AUGUCACGAAUGCUUCUGGCCCUGAUACCGCUGGCUCUGAGCAGCCUGGCUUUGGUGCAAGGAGCCACCAAUUACUGCGACGCCUCGCUUUGUGGCACCGCUAAGCACAUUGCCUGCAACAACAAUGGGGCUUUUUCAUCUACCUGUCCCACGAGUCCCGCUCCCAAAGCAGUCAACUUCAAUGUCAACCAGAAGAAGAUCACCGUAAAGCUGCACAAUGUGCUGCGGAACAAGCUGGCCACUGGGAAGCUGACCAACUACAAACCUGCCAAGCGGAUGGCCACCAUGCGAUGGAACAACGAGCUAGCCUCGCUGGCUGCCCUCAAUGUGAAGCAGUGCGAGAUGAACCACGAUGCCUGCCACAACACCAAGACCUUCAAGGCCAGCGGCCAGAAUCUGGCCAUCUUUGGCUCCACCGGGGACAUAGCCAGCACUGAUGUGGCAAAGCUAAUCAGAUCGUCGGUGAAUGCCUGGUGGAACGAGUAUAAGGAUGCCAAUCAGGCCAUUAUGGCCAAGUAUCCCAACAACUAUAGCGGACCGCAAAUUGGUCAUUUCACGGCCAUGGCCCAGGAGAAGAACACUCAUUGCGGUUGCGCUGCCUCCAUUUAUGUAAAGGAUGGCUGGAGCUGGUUCCUGAUGGCCUGCAACUAUGCCACCACCAAUUGGAUUGGUCAGCCCGUCUACCAGGCAGGCGCCAAGGCCUCUGGCUGCAAGAAGGGCGCCAAUGCCAGUUAUCCUGGCCUUUGCAAGACCACCGAGGUCUAUAAUGUCUAA